AAAAAGUUGGGAAAGAAAAACAACCGGGAAACUUAGGCGCCAUUUAUUUUAGCCAAAAGAAUAACAGAGCACUUUUAACCUAGCCAAAUGGAAUGGUCAUUCAUUCGGAGGACAGAGAAUGAGGACUACGAACAGAGAAUAAGAAUAAGAAUCACAGGCAAAAUUCUUAUAUUAUGUGCUGCUCUCUUCUCAACGGCGCCACUUCAAUCACAGGCAAAAUUCUCAACGGCGCCACUUCAAUCACGAAUAGAGGAAAGCUAAGAGACAUGAAUUAGUUUGAGAAUACAGGGCAGAAGAUACCCAAUUUGUGGAAUUGGAAGCAACAGUGAACACAAAGCAAAAAAAUUGACUUUGCAAUUUCAAAGUGGAGACAAAGUUAGGGUUUUUUCUAUAUUCUUGAAGAGGUUUGCUGGAUCUUUUUUACUUAAUGCUAAAUGGUGGUUUGGUUCCUGAUGUAGUGCUGGUGAAAACAGCACUGCUAUGUGGUUGCUUAUCAGAUUAAAAAGCUUUUAUGUGGAGCUUGAUGACGUCUUUUUUAACGUUACCCUUCCUUCUCAAAAUUUACAGUCCAGUCAGUAAUUAUGCAAAUUUUGUGGAUAGUGGGCAUACUUUCAUACUCUGCUUGGUUCCUGGCAACACGCAAAGGUGCGAUGCGAAAUUAGCAUCCGUUAGAGUUCUUGCCUUCACUACUGCUAUUGUUGCUGUGCUGUUGCUGAAAAAGAAAGACCAGAACAGUUUUGUCGUCGCCAGUUGUGAAAAAGUGUACAUGGAACCCUGUCGAGGAUAAUGUUAUUAGAAGCAAUUUUACAAAGAAGGCGAGUUCUCGAUUGUCAAAUAUUUUUUCUGAAGCUCGAAAUAAGGGUCAAAAGCCUGGCUGGCUUGGGACAGAUUAUUGGGAGGAUCUUAAUAAAUACUGGGCUACGCCGGAGUUUCAAAAGAAGAGCGCCCAGACAAAGGUGCACAUUUGUGGUUCAGUGUCCAUGGGGACUGCUCGGAGGAAAUUGAAAGUUUCUCUUGGUAGACCACCCACUCGACAUGAGCUAUGGAAGAAGACCCAUAUGAAAAUCGAAGAUGGAAAAGAAGUUUGGGUUGAGCCACGGGCAGAGGAUACCUAUAAUCGGUAUAAUCAAGCAAUGGAGGAUCUCAUUAGGAAUCAGCCGACUGAUGAUCAAGGCAAUCCAAUCACGCCAUCAGAGGAACAAACUCUCUCCUGUUGGUUAGACGUGGUUGGUGGUGUAAAUAAGGGAAGAGCGUAUGGCCUUUGCUCCGAGAAGAACUUUCACCGCAUCCAGUGUGGAUUACAAGGUAUAGGGAGUUCUGCCACUGUGUCAAAUGAGCAGCUCGAGGAGAUGCGAGACGAGCUUGGGGAACUUGCUAGGAAAUAUGAGGAGGAACAGAAUAAAAGAUUGAAGGAGGAGCGACGUAGGAUAGUGCUUGAGUCAGACGUCAAAGAACUCAAGGCCCAAGUGUGUAACCUCAUCAAGUUGCCCCGUUCUCCACCCCCGAGCCCCGAUCAUGAUGAUGGAGAGGAUGAGGAGGAUCAGGAGCAUGGAGAUGAUGAGGAUCAGGAGAAUAGAGAGUAUGGAGAGACUGAAAUGGAGUAUUAGAGCAGAUCUCUAGCACAUGUUUACAACAAUUUUUGGAAUCAGUUGGACAAUCCCAUAUAGCUUAAAAGGAGCAGUUGAAAGUUGGAGCUUAUGGAAAGUGAACAAAACCAUCAACAAGAUCUGGUAAAUGAUACCUGCAUGUGUUUUUUGGUGUUUAUGGACAGAGAAGGAACAACAGAUCUUUGAUGGGACUUCAACUCCUAAUUGUUCUCUAAAAUCAAAGUUAUUUUAGUUAACCUUUUUAGUUGGAGAAAUCUAUCCCCUGUGAAUGAUAUUAUCCCCCUUUUAGAUUUCAUUGGCUCCCACUCAGUGGCUUAGUAGCCUUGAGUCUUUUGCUCAUGGUUUUAAACUCCCAGCUCUUACUAGUUUUCUUUUGCAGUGUCUGGAGUUUUUAGCCUUUUCUUUGUAAAGUUUGCAUCUGCUUGAUGCUUUUGAAUAUGAAUAUAACAACUUAGUUCACCAAAAACAAAUUUGUUAUUUUUGUUCCAACUUAUGUUACUUUGGCUUGUUUGAAGUCUAGUGGGAUGCUUGUGAUAUAUUUUUGCAUAACGUCGAAGUUGGU